ACCGGAAUUUAGGGUUUCGAGGUGGUCGUGCUCUCGGGGGUUGAAGGCCUCACGGGAGCCUCUGUUUUCCUUCUCUUUCCACGCUUGCGAUUGUAGUUGGUUGGAAGCUCUGUUGGCUUCAACGCAAAAAUGGUGCACGUCGCUUCGUUCCGCAAUUAUGGCAAGACUUUUAAGAAGCCCCGCAGGCCCUUCGAGAAGGAGCGCCUUGAUGCUGAGCUGAAGUUGGUCGGAGAGUAUGGUCUCCGCAACAAGCGUGAGCUCUGGAGAGUACAGUACGCUCUGAGCCGUAUCCGAAACAAUGCGCGUAUGUUGCUUACCCUGGACGAGAAGAACACCCGUCGGAUCUUCGAGGGAGAGGCACUUCUUCGACGUAUGAACAGGUACGGUCUUCUCGAUGAGAAUCAGAGCAAGCUUGAUUACGUGCUGGCUCUGACCGUGGAGAACUUUUUGGAGCGCCGGCUUCAGACUCUCGUGUUCAAAUCUGGGAUGGCCAAGUCCAUCCAUCAUGCCCGAGUUUUGAUCAAGCAGCGUCACAUCAGGGUCGGAAAGCAGAUUGUUGAUGUGCCGUCAUUCAUGGUCCGCGUUGACAGCCAAAAGCAUGUUGAUUUCGCCCUAUCCAGUCCACUUGGUGGUGGAAGACCUGGUAGAGUGAAGCGCAAAAACAUGAAGGCUGCGUCCAAGAAGGCCUCCGGCGGAGAUGACGAUGAGGAGGAGGAUGAUGAGUAGAUCGAUUGCUGUUCAUUCCUAGCAGAGGGUUCAGUGAAAUCUUUUGCUUCUUAUAGACAUUAAAGAAAUCGUUGCCGCACGAUGCAUUAUACCAUGGGACUAAUGCAUCAAUCAUCGAUCUUUUGAACUUCGGAUUUCGAAAGUAAACAGUGUCGUGAUCACAUUUUUUCGCCAAUUCAGUAGCUUGCUUUUUUCGUCUGCUGAUUUUGAGCAGGUGAUGUUGAUUGUACCGAAGACAACGAAGUGUUUCGAUGUUUCUUUAAUAGUGAGCAACUACCCAAAGCUUUUGGUGUCUGGUGGUACCUUA